CUCUUUUUUUUUCACCCACACAGCGCUACCAGAACCAGGGACCGUCUGGAUGCACCUCCAGGAAGCCACGGUAACAGAUGUGCUUCUCUCCGUGUGAUUCGGGUUCGUUUUGGCUCGUGUCUGCUCCCUUCCUGCCCUCGUGCCGCGGUGACGGACAUUUGGUUCUGCUCUGACCCGCCCCUUCCAUUCAGCCAGGCAGCAUCUUCCACCGGGUCCAACAUGACGUCCAUCAGCAGGUACCGGAGCCGCGCGCUCCGUGCAGAGGAUUCGGAGGACAGAGAGUAUGUGGGCUUUGCGACGCUGCCCAACCAACUGCACAGGAAGUCAGUGAAAAAAGGCUUCGACUUCACACUCAUGGUGGCAGGUGAGUUUGGUCUGGGUAAAUCUACGCUGGUCAACAGCCUGUUCCUCACCGACCUGUACAAAGAGAGGAAGCUGCUCAACGCUGAGGAGCGAAUCAAGCAGACGGUGGAGAUCACAAAGCGCACGGUGGACAUCGAGGAGAAGGGCGUGAAGCUCAAGCUCACCAUCGUGGAUGUGCCAGGUUUUGGAGACGCUGUCAACAACACAGAGUGCUGGACUCCGGUAACAGACUACAUCAACCAGCAGUUUGAACAAUACUUCAGGGAUGAAAGUGGGGUGAACAGGAAGAACAUCCAGGAUAACAGGGUCCACUGCUGCCUUUACUUUAUAUCCCCAUUUGGACAAGGGCUCCGCCCCAUCGAUGUGGAGUUCAUGAAGGCCCUGCAGGAUAAAGUCAACGUGGUUCCGCUCAUCGCUAAGGCCGACUGCCUCACGCCUUCUGAGAUAAAGAGGCUCAAAGAACAGGUGAGGGAAGAGAUCGAUAAGUUUGGGAUAAAGAUCUACCAGUUCCCCGACUGCGACUCUGAUGAAGACGAGGAGAUCAAACAGCAGGAUAAAGGGCUGAAGGAGAGCCUUCCGUUUGCAGUGAUCGGCGGGAACACUGUGCUGGAGGUCAGAGGUCAGAGGGUGAGGGGCCGCCUCUACCCGUGGGGGAUCGUGGAGGUGGAGAACCCGUCCCACUGUGACUUCGGGAAGCUCAGGAACAUGCUGAUUAGGACGCACAUGCACGACCUGAAGGACACCACCAACGACUGUCACUAUGAAAACUACCGGGCCCAGUGCAUCCAGAACAUGACCAGUAAGAUGAAUGCGGAUAAGCGUGUGGAGAGUCCCAUCCCGAUCCUGCCGCUGUCCACGCCCGCCGUGGAGACAGAGAAGCUUAUCAAGAGGAAAGAUGAAGAACUGAGGAGGAUGCAGCAGAUGCUGCAGAAGAUGCAGCAGCAGAUGCACGGGCAGGACCUGUGACCUCCAAUCGGCCAUUUUACAGCAGCGAUAAUCUCACACACACACGGACACACACAGUGUAACCCACACUGCUCCCCUUCUUUCAGGGACGAGAUGAGGAAAUCUCUCUUUACUGAUUAACAGAUAAAGUGUUUUUAAGACAGCAUGCUUUCUCUUCAGUGCAGUCCUCAGCCAAGUGAUCUAUAGAUUUUUAGCCAGUAGACUGAAGUUAUCAGAUAGGCCAAAGUAGAUUAACAAAGUAGAUGCAACUCUUUGCUGAAAUACUGAAUAAGUAUUCCAACAGUGGUCAAACGUUAUGAUGCUUUUGAAUAUUAAGAUCAGAAAUUUGAAUAUUUUUAGAAACAGGAAGCGGGUUUGUCAACUGAACAUAUCAGAAUCGAGUUUUCAUAGUUAUUUAAAGUCAUUAAAUAUAAGAAAUAAUGACUUCCUGUUGUGACAGGAAAAAACAAAAAAACAAAAGCACAAUAUUAGAUGUAGAAGUCUUGAGUUAUUGAUGGUGUUUGGAUAAAUGAUUCUCACCAAACUGUAAUGAGACUCCUGGCAGUUUUCUAACAGGGUUCUUUGUUCACAGAGCAUCAGAGGUUUGGGUUCCUCAUCAUGGUCUUUAUUAUCAUAUUCAUCCUGAACUAUGAAUGAUGCGUUUAUGCUGCUAUUUAAGAUGCAGCUUCAAUGAAUCUUAAAAGCAAGAAAAGGUGCACAUGUUUGAAUUUAUGGUGGACUUUCUGAAAUCCACAUAAGCUCAAAUGUAUACAUACCCAGUGCAUAGAGUUAAUAACAGAUAAUGUCCCUGUUUUACAGCUUGCAGUUGGAUAUCAGAGUUUCUUAUUAGAACCGGUGGAGUUCAUUUUAAAAGGCUGGUUUCUGAAAACAGUAAGGACUUUUUGGUAUAAUUCAAAAAAUUUUCAUUGACCUGACGUCAGGAAAUUCUAGAAAUAUCACAUAUUUUUUUCCUAACCCACUUUUGAUUCAGGGUCACUGAACAUCAAACUUUUUUUUUUUUUUUUUACAAUAUAUUUAUUAAGAAA